CUGUUUUUCCGGGCUGUUACCUAGCAACAGAAGACGCAUUGACGUCUCUGCUGACGCUCCUUAAAGCGACACCUAUUUGUACGGACCCUUGGCUUCUACCCGUCCCACAGCGAACAACUAUUCCCAGUUACGACUCUAUAAAUCUCCAGGGAGGACUAAAAUAUGGCCAACACUGAGGGAAGCAAGCUGUGGGGAGGCCGUUUCGUGGGAGAUACCGACCCAAUCAUGGAGAAAUUCAAUGCGUCCAUCACCUAUGACCAGAGGAUGUGGGAUGCUGAUAUCCGAGGGAGCAAGGCGUAUGUCAAAGCUUUGGAAAAGGCCAAGCUGGUCAGCACGGAGGAGAUGGAGCAAAUUCUGCAGGGGAUGGACCAGAUUUCUGAAGAAUGGUCUAAAGGUGCAUUUUUGAUUAAACCUGAAGAUGAAGACAUUCACACAGCCAACGAACGCAGGCUUAAGGAACUGAUUGGUGCUCCUGCAGGGAAGUUGCACACCGGUAGGAGUAGAAAUGAUCAGGUGGUGACGGACAUGAGGCUGUGGCUACGAGACGCCGUCGCUAAGCUAACAGCUAACUCCCUGCAGCUCAUCUCCACCAUGGUGGAGCGGGCAGCAGUAGAAAUUGACGUCCUUUUUCCUGGUUACACCCACAUGCAGAGGGCUCAGCCAAUCAGAUGGAGCCACUGGAUUCUGAGCUAUGCUGUAGCUUUAAGCAGAGACGUGGAGCGGCUUCUGGAGAUCAAGAAAAGAACAAAUAUUUUACCUCUUGGCAGCGGCGCCAUCGCUGGCACACCUUUUGACAUCGACAGAGAACUACUGCGAACAGAGUUGGGAUUUGAUAGCAUCAGCCUAAACAGUAUGGAUGCCACAGGACAGAGAGACUUUGUUGCGGAGUUCUUGUUCUGGGCUUCACUGUGUUUGACCCACCUUAGUAAGAUGGCCGAGGAUCUCAUGCUGUAUAGCACUAAGGAGUACUCUUUCGUCACACUCUCCGAUGCCUACAGCACAGGCAGCAGUUUGAUGCCCCAGAAGAAGAAUGCCGACAGUCUGGAGCUGAUCAGGAGUAAAGCAGGUCGUGUCUUUGGCAGAUGUGCAGGAUUCAUGAUGACUCUGAAGGGUCUGCCCAGCACAUAUAACAAGGAUCUGCAGGAGGACAAAGAAGCCAUGUUUGACUGCUAUGAUACUGUCCAUGCUGUGCUGCAGGUGACAACUGGAGUCAUGUCCACUCUAAAGAUCAACCAGAGUGUAAUGGAAGCUGCUCUCAGUCCCGACAUGUUGGCCACAGAUCUGGCCUACUACCUCGUGAGAAAAGGGGUGCCAUUCAGAGAAGCCCAUGGUCUCUCUGGAAAAGCUGUAUUUACAGCUGAAUCUAAAAAUGUCUCCCUGAAUCAACUGACUGAGGCGGACCUCACUGCUGUCAGCCCGUUGUUUGGAAGUGAUGUGUCUUCGGUGUGGGACUACAGGAGCAGCGUGGAGCAGUACAGCACUUCUGGUGGAACAUCGAAGAGCAGCGUCUCUGCCCAGGUGGAACACCUGAGGAACUGGCUGAAGACUCAGUCAUAGUGAACUUUUCUCUGUGACCUCCUUCUGUCAGAUUUGGGUCAAAGUGAAUUACUCACACCUUAAAUCACACUGCCUUUAUAAGCUUGAACUCUAUUUGCUUUAAGUGACUUUCAUCUCAGGAUACUUUUGUUGAUCAUGUAUUCUUAUCUGAGCAGUGAUCAAUAGGUAAUGAAAUAAAGGAUAAUGUUACAGACUUCACUCAAA